AGGUGAAGCUGUUCCGUGUCUUCUGCGGAAAACACCCAAGACCAAGAGGGGUUUGUGUACCCGUCGAGGCGACUUUGCUUGAGCCAUUUUUUAAUUUCAUCCCGACUAAGGUUGGACACAUGUAGGCUACUCCUCCCGGCGAUCCGAGGACACCCACAUCUGUCUGAUGGGACUAACGUUAGCACCCAAAGGAGACCGAAUCUGUCUUUACACACGGCAAUGUGAGGUGCGACUAUGGAAGGCCAAAAUGCAAAAAGUUGUCCAACCCAGAGGAAUGACGGAGAGAGAGGACGCCAUACAAACAACCCAGCUGAUCCAAUGUAAAUGAAUUCAGUAACUCUGACAUGGUACACAGCUGUGGAGUACAAAGUUGGAAAGGAGCUGGCGUAAGGCUGAAUGAGGAAACGAGAGGUGCACAUUCUUUGGAUCACGUUGCUAAAGAAGAGUAGGCGUGCUGAUCUGUGCAUACAACACCGGACUAACUGAGUCAAACAACAGCAUUGGAUGGAGUGAGCGCGGACGCAGCUAUGUAAGAACAUCUCUCCUGUGUACAGGUCGUGACAUUCAACAUACUGCUGGGAUUCAUGCCACACUUGUGGGCUCUCAGGGGAAAACGGUGGUCACUCAGCAGAAGACAAACAAGCUGAUGAUGUGUACCUGAGAGUUACUCCUGUAGGACGACAAACAGCUUCCCAUUUUUUGAUUGAAAAGAGUGUUUACCAUGCCUCGGAACCGAGCCUUUUCGGAGCCGGAGUACUCAGCGGAGUAUUCAGCGGACUGCUCGGUGACACUGCCCUCUGACCCCGGGCAGGCGGUGGGGCGGACACAUGAGGUCACAGUUCGGAGCUCAGGAUGCUGCCUCUGCCUGCCAAGGUUCAUGCGCCUCACCUUCGCACCUGAGUCUCUGGAGAACCUCUACCAGACCUAUUUCAGACGGCAGAGACACGAAACCCUGCUGGUGCUCGUUGUGUUCGCUGCCCUCUUCGACAGCUACAUCAUUGUCAUGUGUGCAGUGGUAUAUACCACUGACAAGCUGGCUUCUGUUUUAGUGGCCUCUGUGGGACUGGCAGCGGAUAUUAUCCUCUACCUGCUAUGCCGCUUCGGGCUGCUGCCGGACCGCAUCUCGAGACGGGUGGUGCCCUACGCCCUGUGGGUGCUCAUAGCAGCUCAAAUAUUCUGCUACCUGGGUCUGAACUAUGCCCGCUUCCACCAGGCCAGCGACACAGUAGGCUGGCAGGCCUUCUUCAGCUUCUCCUUUUUCCUGACCCUGCCUUUGAGGUUAACACCCAUCGUACUCAUCACUACUGUAUCCUGCGGGGUCCACACCCUGGUUCUCGGUGUCACCAUCGCCCAGCAGCAGCAGGAGGACAUCCAGGGGGCAGCCCUUGGCAGACAGCUGCUGGCCAACAUCGUGAUCUAUGUUUGUGCCAUCACUGUGGGCGUCAUGUCGUACUACAUGGCUGACAGGAAGCAUCGGAAGGCCUUUCUCGAGGCAAGACAGUCUCUGGAGGUCAAACUCAACCUGGAAGAGCAGAGCCAGCAACAGGAACGUCUGCUGCUCUCCAUCCUUCCAAAGCACAUAGCUGAUGAGAUGCUUCAGGACAUGAAGAAGGAACCCAGUCAGAAAGAGAUGCAGCAGUUUAACACCAUGUACAUGUACAGACAUGAAAACGUCAGUAUUUUGUUUGCAGACAUUGUGGGUUUCACCCAGCUGUCGUCGUCCUGCAGCGCUCAGGAGCUGGUCAAACUGCUCAAUGAGCUCUUCGCUCGCUUUGACAAGCUAGCCGCAAAAUAUCACCAGCUGAGGAUCAAGAUCUUGGGAGACUGCUACUACUGUAUCUGUGGGCUGCCGGACUACAGGGAGGACCAUGCUGCCUGCUCCAUCAUGAUGGGCCUGGCAAUGGUGGAGGCCAUCUCGUAUGUAAGAGAGAAAACCCAGACAGACGUGGACAUGCGGGUAGGAGUGCACAGCGGUACAGUCCUGGGUGGAGUACUUGGUCAGAAACGCUGGCAGUACGACGUCUGGUCCACAGACGUCACUGUGGCCAACAAAAUGGAGGCUGGAGGGAUACCAGGUCGUGUCCACAUCUCCCAGAGCACCAUGGAGUGUCUUCAUGGCGAGUUCGAUGUGGAGCCAGGGAAUGGGGGUGACCGCUGUGACUACCUGAGAGAGAGGGGCAUUGAGACCUACCUGGUGGUGGUUCCUAAAGGACCUGUGGGAAAGAAUGGGAUCAACGGUGUAAAGCUGUCUGUAACCUCUUCCAAUGGAAACUCCCCACUGUUGAUCAACACCACAGAGUGUAACGGCAGUGUCAAUACCGCCUGCACCACACCGGAGGAACCAGAAGAACUCGACACACGGGUGGUGAAUCCAUCUUUCCCUAACCCUCGCAGAAGGCUGCGGCUGCGGGACCUGGCUGAAAGGGUGAUUGACGCUCAGGAGAACGAACAGGAGCUCAACAAACUGCUCAAUGAGGCUCUGCUGGAGAGAGAGACAGUCCAAGCUCUGAAGGGGAAACACACCAACAAGCUCUCCCUGAGAUUUGUGGAUCCAGACCUGGAGACCCGUUACUCAGUGGAGAAGGAGAAACAGAGCGGAGCUGCCUUCUGUUGCUCCUGUGUGGUCCUGCUCUUCACUGCAGUUAUGGAGGCUCUCAUAGACCCUUGGUUGAUUGCAAACUACAUCACCUUUGCAGUGGGAGAAGUCCUGCUGCUCAUCCUGACAAUCUGUUCUCUGGCUGCCAUUUUCCCUAGAGUCUUUCCUAAGAAGCUGGUGUCUUUCUCCACCUGGAUCGACCACACCCGCUGGGCUCGUAACACCUGGGCCAUGGCAGCUAUCCUUAUCCUCACCAUGGCCGACAUCAUGGAUAUGCUGAGUUGUCUGCCUCAAGUCCCAGACUCAGGCAGCCCCACAGUGGCUCCCUCCUCCUCCUCCUCCUCCUCCUCCUCCUGGUCUGGCCUUGAUGGUUGCAUGGACAACCCCAAAUAUUACAGCUACAUCGCCGUGCUGGCACUGAUGGCCACCACCAUGCUGGUUCAGGUCAGUCACAUGGUCAAGCUCACGUUGAUGCUGCUCAUCACAUUGGCCACCGGCAUCGUCAACAUCUACAGCUGGAGGGACAUCUUCGACCGCUACGACAUGGCCCGCUUCCAGGACUACAGGUCAUACCUGGUGCCCUCUAAGUUCACAAUGACAAUUAUGAUCUUCAUCAUGAUGGUCAGCUUCUAUUAUUUCUCCCGACAUGUGGAGAAGCUCGCCCGCACCCUGUUCCUGUGGAAGAUUGAGGUCCAUGAGCAGAAGGAGAAAGUGUAUGAGAUGAGGCGCUGGAACGAAGCGCUGGUGACCAACAUGCUGCCUGAACACGUAGCUCGACACUUCCUGGGCUCCAAGAAAAGGGAUGAGGAGCUGUACAGCCAGUCCUACGAUGAGAUUGGAGUCAUGUUUGCCUCAAUCCCCAACUUCUCUGACUUCUAUACAGAGGAGAGCAUCAAUAAUGGAGGCAUCGAGUGCUUACGCUUCCUUAAUGAGAUCAUCUCAGACUUUGACAGUCUGCUGGAUGAGCCUCAGUUCCGCUGCAUCACAAAAAUCAAGACCAUCGGCAGCACCUACAUGGCAGCGUCAGGUGUCACGCCGGAUAUCAGCAACGGCUACAGCUGCAUGAAGAAGGAGGAGCAGUCUGACAGAGAGCGCUGGCAGCACCUGGCAGACCUGGCAGACUUUGCUCUCGCCAUGAAGGUCACACUCAUGAACAUCAACUACCAGUCAUUCAACAACUUCAUGCUACGCAUCGGUCUGAAUAAGGGCGGAGUGCUAGCAGGAGUGAUCGGUGCCAGAAAACCCCACUACGACAUCUGGGGCAACACUGUGAAUGUGGCCAGUCGCAUGGAGUCCACGGGGGUCAUGGGUAACAUCCAGGUGGUGGAGGACUGCUACAACAUCCUGAAGGAGUACGGCUUCCGCUUUGUGAGGAGGGGGCCCAUCUUUGUAAAGGGGAAAGGGGAACUGCUGACAUACUUUCUGAAGGGAAGAGACAAACAAGGCUCAUUUAUCAACGGCUCCUCCGUCACUUUGCCACACCAGGUGGUGGACAGCUAAGGACCACACACACUAACACAUGCACAUGCUACACAGCAAUCACAUCCAGUGUGUGAUAAAUGCAGAGAGGGGCAGAAGAGUGAGUUUUUGGAAUGAGAAGUCAUUCAGUCGAUACCUGGACACUUCAUUCAAACCUGUGACAACACACCACUCAUUACUGCAGACACACACUUAAAACAACACAAAUAAAAGCAAUGAGACCGUAUAAAGGCAAGGAUAGGCUGGAUAGACUGGCAGCAGCAAGGUUGAACACAAGUGCAACCAUCCCAUCUAGUCGAGUGAUGGCCACAUUUUUUCAUUUAUGUGCAGGAAUUGCACCAUAAUGAAUCACUCGUUUAUUGGUCAAUGAGAUAAAAGCUGCAGUAGGUCAUUUUUAUAAAAAUAUUUUUUUUCAUAUUUGCCGAAACUUUCACUAUAACUGGAGAGUAGUACAUGAGACGGAUAAUCUGUGAAAAAAUCUGGUUGAAAAAUUUUAUUUUUAUAAAAGUUACCUACUGUAGCUUUAACGUUUCACUAAAUGUAAUUAAAGUCCGAGAUAUCCUGCUAAUUAACAAACAAACCCCCCUUUUACACAAGGUGUUGAAAUUUUAUCUGCAUCCAGACACCUUAUCCUGAUAAUGAAAAAAACAUGUUAAUGCAAUGUUUAGAUGUGUCGUAAUCAGAUGCCUGACCACAACGUGGGGGCAUCUGUACACAACAUAACUGAUACAGAUAUUUGUUUUUAGCUAAAAUAGAAUGGAGGCUGUUGUUGAAAGGCUUAAUGAGACAGGCCUCUAAUUACUGAUUUUAUGUCUAUUCUGAGCCGUAAAAGCACCAAAAGAGGCCUUAUUCAACAGAAUUGCUUUAAAAAUGAAAGGGAUACGGGUGUAUAAUAAUUAUAGCAUACAGUUUAUCUAGCGAUAAAGUGGUAUAUAUGUUGGUACUGCCCACUGGGAUGAACUGGCAGUAUUCUUUUAGACAAAUAAAGGAAUAACUUAUUACGUUUGCCAAAUUUACAAGAGUGUUUCACAAAGUUUAUCAAGUUUCCACUAAUUCAACAACUCACAAAACUUCAGAUAACGAGAAUUCAUUACAUAAUACCAGGGGUAAAUGCAAAGGCAAGAUCAGAUUGUUUAUUAUCCAAAUACCUUGUCUGGAUCCAAAUCACAUGAAAAGAUCUACCUAAAAUGACAAAAAAACAUCUUUAGGAGAGAAUCUUUUGACAUGUACUAACAGGCAGCAGGCUUUAUGACCUAUACUGCAAAAAAUGUAAAUCAAAAUUUAAAAAUAUGUUUUGAAUUUAACUUUUCAGCAUGAGUAUGAUUAAUUAACUGAUUUAAUUGAAAUACAAUGAUGGGCUUUAUCGCUUUCCAUAAACGGCUCUCACAUAAAAACAUUAUUCUCACACACACACACACACACACACACACACACACACACACACACACACACACACACACACUUUAGCCUUUUUGCAAACACAGCAGUUUUGAUGCCAUCACCAUCACUACGUGGCUUUUGGACACCCGGCCUAAAUUCUGGAUGUGGCUCCAUCAUUUACAAAAUAAUUCCAUGUGUGGGAAACUGACUGACUCUGAUGAGGAAGAGGAUUUGGAAGUGGACCAAUGAGAGGCCAAGAGUGUGACAGUACAGACCCAUCUGCCACCUGCUGCCUCUCAUAUGUGGCCGUGGGUGUGCAUAAGAAUGUGUGCAUUGCUCAUAGUGUAUUUUUCCACAGUCGAAGUAUUCUUUCUCCCUGGUUCUGAUAUGGGUAUUGGGUAAGUACCAUGCUCUCCUCUCUGCUCCUGGAGCUCGUGCAGCACACUACACAGCUGGCUCCUGGACGUUUCGGUGCCUCAGAGCUGCAUCCAACAUGAAGGAUAACAGACUGUUUUAGGAGAGGGACGUGUGACGGUGUCCAAAGGGUAGCACACAUGGCAGAAAUGUUUUUCACGCUGAUUGUGGAUGGAUGGAAGUGCCUAUCACAGCUGUGAUCGCAAUGUUUAAUUUAUUUGAAGGAUUCCAUGGCCCUCUGCAGGUCCAAGUCCUCUCAUGAUGCUGUGAAAGGAUCAUUCCAGUUUAUUACAACUUGGGGUUUAUUUUUGUAUCUUUACUCAGAAUGGGCAGGGCUUAAACCAGACGUGGGUGGUGUUAAAACCAUAAGUAGGCAGGGCUAACUGGAAGUUAAUUUAAUCCUGAAAUUGAUAUGGCUUGAUCAGAAGUCUCUAUAUUUAUUAGAAAACUAGGUAACGCUUCAUUUUAAGGUACACAUAUGAGUCCCUCCAGAAUUUUGUGGUCUUUUUUUGGGAUUGUUGCGACCUAAAAGGAUUGAUUUCACAGCGGCUGUUUUCACGCAUUUUUUGCAGUGAAUUGCGAGGGGACAUGAAAAUUGUGAAAAUAGUUGCAAUUUCACUUGUAUAAUUCAUUUAAAAUCAAAGGCAACUUGUUCCAGUAAGAACAGUAUUGCUAUUGGUCAAAUUUAGGGAAACGUUCUGGAGCGACUGACAUAUUCACCAUUAACUAGUGCUUAUUAGCAUGUAUAUCGAUAGCAUUUGGACUCUUUAUUAGUCUUUAUAAGGCACUUAUUAAUCCCUUAUUCUGCAUGACAAUAUAAUGGUUUGCUCAGUAUGGGCCUCAUGAGGUUGUGGUACGAGAAGAAUACUUCUCCCUUAAAGCUGCAGUAGGUAACUUUUAUUAAAAAAAUGACUUUUUGUCAUUGCAGAAAUUUCCACUGGGUUCUGAUAGCAGUACAUAAAACAUAUAAUCUGUAAAAAAAAAAAAAAAAAAUGUUUCUCACCAAAACAACUAACCAGAGCAGAGAAAGCUUUAGAGACGCUUUUUGUUGGAAGUUUGAAGAUAGUUGAUUUUAUUGAUUGAGUGUCAUUCCCAUGGUACCAAAGCGUCUGUAUUUGACACCCUGGGAAUGACACUCAACAAUCACCCAUUUUUCUCGGCUCUGAUUGGUUGUUUUCAUUCAGGCCCUGUGGAUUCUUGCAAAUGCCUUCAGGAGCACUAAGAGGAGCCAGAGGAACCGUUUUUUUCACAGGUAAUCUGUCUCAUGUAGUGCUGUCAGGAAUAUAGUGAAAGUUUCAGCAUAUAUGACAAAAAGUUACUUACUUAAAAAUUACCUACUGCAGCUUUAAAAACCUUUAAUAAGCAUGUUAUAUUCUUAUGUAACAAAACACAGAAGUGUUAAUAGUUUCAAAAUAACUCUAAAUGAAAUCUUUCUAACUCAGAAUAUGCUCCACAUUCUAAAGUGAACUCUUGCUCAUAAGUUAGCAACACUUGUCAACACAAAUUUAAUAUUUCAAAGUCUUGUGACUUACAUAUACAAAGCAUAUUAAUUAUGAGCAAAAGUUCACAGUUAGAUUUCAUGUAGAGUUAUUUGGACACUAUUAUUUCCUAGUAGUUACGUAAGAAUAGACCCAAUUGUUAUUAAGGGAGAAUGAGUAUUCUGGUAUAGUAUUGUGGUACUACCACCUUAUAAGGCGCAUACUGAGCAAAGCAUAUUAAUUAUUAUUAUUAUAAUUCAUGUAGAAUUCCUUACUUACUAUCAAUAAGCACUAAUUAGGGGAUUUUUGAGGGAAAACUAGGAAAAAUCAAUGACCUAAUAGUUGUAGAAUAUGCUCAUUCAUUAAUAAGUGCUUUAUACUGACUGAUAAAGAGCCAAUAUGCUAGUAACAUGCAUACUAAUCAGCAAUGAAUUUAUUUACACACAAGUUUUUUAAAUAAAAGUUUAUAUAUUUAUGAGUACAGAUAUUUUACUCUGAUGAUACAUACUCAUAAAAGGAACAUUAUCUGUACUGGAUACUCAAGUACUCGCUCAGUCCUAGUCUGUAUCCAACCUGUUAGAAUGUCUGACUGUUGUGUUUCUUGACCUAUUUUAGGCGAGUAAGAUGUUAGAAAAGCCAAAAAGAACGCACGUUGUAAUAAACUGUCAUUUUCCUUUAACUGCAUGGAGGUCAUGAAAAAUUAAACAAUCUGAACAAAAUUUAGAAAGCAGUACAUUACAGUCCAUGAUGUUAACUGACGGAGCAACAAAGCUACUAUUUAAAUAUAUUGACAUUGAACUUAUUGCAGCCUUUCUAUGUUGUUUGCACAAGAUUUGGAUCAACCCCAUUUCCACCUGGUGUUAACCUGUCUGUAUCUGGAUUAUGAUAUCUGAUUGAUUGCCUUUGCUCUCACAGCUGGAAUUAAGAAAUGUUCUCAUUAAGUCAGCUCUGCCCACACUGUGGUUGGAUCUCAACACACAAUUUAAUUAAGUGAGCCAGCCAACUUUCUGUAAUAACUUUUGUCUUUGCUUAACACUGGCAAAAACAAUGGUUUCCACCUUUCUUCAAAACUCCACAAGUGUCUUACAUUUUUAAAUAGCUUCUUGCAGUGGAGAAUUAUACUUCCUGUAGUGUUCCCUGAUCAAGAUAAAGUAUCUAGAUACAGAUCUCAUGUUAAAGAGGCAUAUAAUGCUCAUUUUCAGGUUUGUAUUUGAGGGUUCUACUAUAGUAGUUUUACAUGAUUCAGUGAUUAAAAUAGGUGUUUUUUUCUCUUUGGUGUGGACUUUGGGUUUUGUCACUUUUCAGACAUUUUACAUGCACAAAAAAUCUAUACACACUAUAACACACUAAAGCACAGGAAAAAAAAAAAAGCAUAAUAUGGCCUCUUUAAUACCAGGUGGAAAUUGGGUCCUGCCAUUUUCUAAUGAAUUCUGGCCGGAAGUUGGCUAUCUUUUAUUCUCUACUUGCUUAGUCACGUAAAGGGCUGCAUUUUCCAGAAUGGACAUAGACUUCUGCAUAUGCCAAUGUGUUUAAAGCUGCUGUCUGUAACUUUAUAUAAAUAUUUUACUUAUAUUUGCUGAAACUUUCAUUAUAUCCUGACAUAUUAUGUACUAGUACAUAAGACAGAUAAUCUGUGAAAAAAACAGGUUCAUCUGGCUCCUCCUAAUGGUAUUUGCAAGAAUCCAAUGGGCCUGAACAAAAAACAGCCAAUCAGAGUCAAGAAAAAUUGGUGAUUAAGUAUCAUUCCCAGGUUGUCAAAUACAGACACUUUGGAACCCUGGGAAUGAGACUUAACAAUCAGCUAUCUUAAAGCUUCCAACAAUCAUCAAACAUCAUUAGUCACUACUAUUAGUGUAGUUGUUGUUGAGCACUCUGUCUCUGUCCUUCUGUCGUUACCUCUGCUCUCUCUCUCUCUCUCUCUCUCUCUCACCCCAACUGGUCGAGACAGACGACCACCCACCUAGAGCCGAAGGGUCUGUCCUAGGUUUCUGCCUCUUAACAGGCAGUUUUUCCUUGCCCCCUUUGCCAAGUGCUUGCUCAUGGUGGUACUGUUGGGUCUCUGUAAAUAAUGUUAUAAAGAGUUCGGUCUAGACCUGCUCUAUUUGAAAAGUGUCCUGAGAUAACUUCUGUUAUGAAUAGGCGCUAUACAAACAACACUGAAUUGAAUUGAAUUGAAUUGAAUUGAAUUGAAUUGAACGAAAAGUGUCUAUAUAUCUUUCUCUGCUCUGAUUAGUUGUUUUGGUUUAGGCCUGGGCCAUUCUUGCAAAUACCAUUAGGAGCACUAGGAGGAGCCAGGGAACCUGUUUUUUUCACAGAUUAUCUGUCUCGUACUACGGUCAGGAUAUAGUGAAAGUUUCAGCAAAUAUGGAAAAAAAAAAUGUUUUAAUAAAAAUUACCUAGUGCAUUCUUUAAGUGCAUGUGCAAUUGGGGGAUAUGGUCUAUGUAGUCAAAAGAAAAUUCUAAUCCAACAGUACUCACAGCUUGGCCCCUGUAAAGCCUAUGUCAACUAGAAAAAUGCAAAGAUCACUUGAAGGUAGGAAAAAGUUGGCUUAAUUAUGACAUUACUGAUCAAUUGCAGGUGUCGGGAGACAGUCAGGCCAUUUACUGUGUUUCUUUUUUGUCACAAAGAGUAACUUUGCUUGUGACAUCACACCACAUUUGAUUGCAUCUGGGGAACCUCUGACAUUAGACCCCUACAUUAUUAUUUCAUAUGUUCGAGGCUUUGACGUGACAGCUGUGACAUGCAGAAUAAGCACACCCACCUGACAGGAAACAGCUGUACUGUAUGUGUGUUUCAGGGGUAGCCUCUGCUGAUUGUAAAGCCUGUUAGUGUCUCUGUAGAAUGGGAUGAAAGUGCAAUAGUUUCUUCUACAAAUCUGAUGUUCUCCUCUCUUAAGGAAAGGUUCAAUCAUUCCUUCCCCUUUAAUUCAUAUUUUUAUAAUGUAAUGUACACGUUUUGUUCUAUUUAACGAAAGGACUGAGUGUCCUCGUUGUACAUAGAGUUUAGACAGUGUUUAUUGCUCAGAUUUAUUUAUUGGAAAUGACAGAGGUAUUGUUUUGUUUUUCUUACACAGAUGUGAAAGUGCCAAUGAUAAAGGAAUGGUUUCAGAUGUAAAAGCCAAAACAUGGACCACGGCUGUUUCCUAAAUUUGUAUUGUAAAAGAAUCUCAGGCUUGGGAACAAAAUAGCACUUUGAAUUAUGUGUCAUGAUUCCAGGUUUUGGUCGCAACAGAGUUUUUCUUUUCUUUUUUGCAACACAAGAACACUGAAAUGCCAUCUGGAGAGCCCACGCCAGCAGGGCCAGCUGAUGGCCUCAAAAUGAUUCAACCCUGUGGUUCUAGUCGUUGUUAGCGUUCCGCUUUUGUCUGAAGUUGAUUCAGAAAUUGAAUUCCUCUUCUCAGUUUUUGUGGAUUAAAUUAGACAUACUGUAGGUCUACUUAGAGCUGAUCCCAAUCUUGAAGAAUUUCUCAGUCAGUGUACCCUCUUUCAUUUCAGUUGUUUGUCAUCAUAACGUGAGUUGAUUAAAAAAAUCUAAUAAAGACAA